CCCGCGGCUCCCGCGCUCGGGGCUGCCGGGCCGGCCCGCGGAGCGGCCGCCGGGGGCGCGACAGGCCCCGGCCGCCGCCACCAGCCAUUAUGUCUCCACGGCCUCUUCCAGGAGAAGGCGCUGUAGGACAAGCCUGGUCGCUCUCCCCUCCGGGGCCAGGGGCCCACCGCCCCGCCGCCAGCUUCGAGACCCCUACCCUGCCGCCCGCCUGCCCACGGAAGAGGCCCCCCGGCAGGCGGGGUCAUGGGCGGAGCUCCACCGACCUUCUCGGGCGACUCCAGCUGCGCUCCAGUUCUCCUACUCCCUCCAGUGCCGCGGCCUCCCGUCUGACCCCAGUCCACAGCCCCUUACGCGGCCCGGUGCGCACCCUCCCGCACUCCCUGCCUGAACCACAGUGCCGCGGGGCUCCCCUCGUGUGCCUCGCCGCCCUCCCGGUCACCAGCCCGCCCUUUGAUGUCGGGCACCCACCUUUUCCCACCCUGUCCCUUUGAAGUGGGUGCCAGAACCCCGUGGCUGCCCGCGCCCUCCUUCCCGCCGGCUCCCUUCCCGCGGGCGGAGCCCCCGGCCCCCGCACAUCCUCCCUGCCUCCUGCAAGCCGGGGCCCGGCAGAGUUCCCUGUCUCAGCUUCACCUGUUUCCUCCGGGCUUCACCUUCCUGAGCCGUGCCCGGACAUGACCCUGGUGGCACCCAUCGCCCCGGGCCGUGCCUGCCCCGGCGAGACGCUCCCACGGCCCCCGGCCUCCCCUCCCUUCCCCGCACUCCUCACCCUCUUCCCCCGCGGACCCGAGGUGCCGCCGCCGCUGCCCCCUUUUGAUGUCGAGGCGCGGCUCGACACCGCCCUGCCUGCUCUGGGCUUCUUCUGCCACCGGAUCUGCCUGCGGGCGUGGGGUGCUGUGGGCAAGGGCCUUUGCAUGCCUACAUCCUGCUUGACGAGGGCAUGGGCCACAAGGUGACUGUGGAAAGGUUGGGGUUAUGAUAAAAGCAGUGGGGCAUAAUGCAUUGGAUGUUAUCGAGGCGCUUGGUAGGUGUUCAAAGUCGGAGAUGGAGCCUGUAAUUUUCUGGCAGUGUGGUCCUUGGGGUAGGAUGCCAGUCGUCAUGUCUGUCAAGUAGCAUCAAGAGCAAUGGUGGCUUACACAUGUGAUUCAAUUUCCCCAAACUUUUUAUCACAAAAUUAUCAGAGGGAAACCAAUUGUUACCGUGUUACUUUAUUACACAGCUUAUCUGUCUCCAGAUAGUCAGUCCCAAAUAUGAAAACUUGCAUAAAAGCCUAGAGAAUGAACUGGCCAGAGCUUCAAAGCCAACUUUCACAUCUGCAUUUCAGAAUAGGAAAUGUGAAAAUCUUUCUAAUUCCCUCUUCAAAAAUCUCAUGGCUAGAAUUACUCAGUUACUGUUGCAUUCAUCUUGUCCCUAAAUAACAGGGAGCUGUAUCUCAGUCAUCAAUUCCUCACUAUCCCGCAGCCUCACCUUUCCCAGCUCCAGUCUCCUGGACACGUGUGCCUGAAGCACAUGCCUGGCUUGGGCCACCCUCUUUGCCAGGGGCUGACACUUCGGCCGGCCACCGUGUUGCCAAGCCUCCUGCCUCACUGCGGCUCCUCUCCUCCUGCACACACGGACAGCAUCUUGUCUACAAACCGUUGGCUUCUCCUGCCCAUGAGACGGGUCAAGAGAACCAAAGCCAUCACAGACAUGUAGGGAGGGGUGGGACAAUCCCUAUACUGGUGCAGGGGCUGAAGCCCACUCGUCACCCCCACUGCCCGGGACAGGACCUUCACCGUACCAAGUACCCAGUGCCAAGCCCAGGGCAAACACACUUGACUCUCCAUCGUGGUUCUUGUCAUCCCAGGCUAUUUUCCCCACACUUUAUUGCACUUUCUUAUUGCACCCUACCCCUCACAUCCCAGUAUACAGGCUUUCUCGCACCUGUCCAGAGAACAGGCACUUUGGCUCCCUGCAGCUGCCUGCUGCUGAAGCCCUUCUUCUGGAGGCCAGUGAGGAUGAAGUGUUGGAUGAGGAGGGUAGCUAGGGGCUGCCAGAAGCCUGAUUCAGGGCGCACCGUGCCCAGGCCCAGGUACCUGAGCAAGGCUUGGGGAGACCCAGAAAGCUUUUUCCCCUGCCUGCCCUGGGCUGGGAGCAUGACUCAUGCUCCCAGUACAAAGCAACCCUGAAGUCAGCCCCAUGCCAGGCAGUCCACCCCUCUCCUGGGGGUGCUUGGCCAGAUCCCUUGGGCCUGAUAAAAUUUCUCAGACUGAGCACUGCAGCUGAAAUGCCACUGCCCCUGCCAGCUGUCCUGGUCAGGGGAGGUGGAAAGAGCCAUUUCCCAUCUCAAGCCAUUAAAAAAAAGCAUGAAAGUGAUGCCAUAUGAUUAAGGCCUUGACAAAAGCAAGAAAAACAGUGGAAUGCAAAGUCACUCUAGGUCAUAAAGAAGGAGUAGGGAAGGAUCUCGGUAUGCCUCUUGUUCUCUGUAGGAAAACUAAUUGAUCAGCUGUGAUUUCGGUUAUCUAGUGUGUACAGCAAGAUCUGAGCUGCUCCUUUUGGGCUACUUCAGACUUGUGUAGCCAGAAACGGCCAAGUAAGAGCAGACUGGUGUUAAGCAGGCGCCACCCAGCUGGUGCCACUACCCAGCAAGGAGCUGAAGUUGGCUCGUUUUUCAGAGCUGAGUCCCCGGGCGGAGGCGCACUCGCACCCGAGGGCCGGAGGAGUGGCUGGUCCCCUCUCCCCGCGGCCGGUCCCCGACGGGGCUGAUGCGGCUCCCCGCCCUCUGGUGAAGGUGUAAAUCCUUCUUUGGAAGCACCAGGAACUGCUGGCCUCUCCGAUGUCCUCAUCUUAACCGUGAUAGAUUGCGAGCUGCUGUCCGCGUUUCUUCAUGCUGUGAGACUGCCAGGGACAUUUGACUUCCUGUGCUCGGGCUCCUUGAAAUUCUCAUUUGCUAACUCACACCCUUCUCCCUUCACACCGAGGCUGUUUUAUUGUUUUAUAACCGUCCUUAAACUUCCAGUCCUCAAAGAUCUCAUUGUGGCAGGCUUCACACUUUCUCCCUUUCCGAAGCCCUAUGCCCUCACUGUUUGCAGCAGUUUGGUCACUUACAAAGAUCCGUCGGGUGCCCGGCGAACCCGCAGCCCCUGGCACAGCUCUGCCGAGCCACAGCUCACGAGAUGAACGACUCAAACUCAUUUUUCAGGGGACCCUGAUUAAAAUGCCAUAAACAUCCAGGAAAGAGAGAGGACGUUCCAUCUUUCAGUUGGUUAGAGGUUUUUUUGUUUUGUUUUCUCCUGACGCUGGGCUUCCCUGUCCCCUAAGAAGUAUAAAGAAAUGUUUGAACGGGUAUCCACAGCGAAACACCCUCGGCUCCUUUCUGAAGAGCACUUCGGGAAUGCUAACUCCCCUUUGCAGCUUUCCCUACCACACGCUCCUGAAAUAGGCCGGCAUAACGCCGUGCAGCUGAGCUUCCAUCCAUCCCCGCUAUUCCGACCCAGUCCCAUUUUAAUAGGACAGAUUCAGCGAACCUUUAUUUAGAGAAUAAAAGUUUAAAGCUGAAGGUUAUUUAUGGUUCCACAGAGAUAGGUCCUGAGUGGCUAUUUAGAAGCACGUGAUUCCAAUAAACUUUGUUUUAUGGCUUGAGAGUUGACAAGCCAAAAUAUAAUUCCCACCAUAAAUUAGUUUAAGAGCAUACAAGUGCAGAUGCUUUCGUUCCUGGAAGCAGUAAUCGGGAAAGUGUUAGCAGGGAACCGUCGGCAGGAAUGCGACCGUGCAGGCACCUCUGCUACCGGGUCCCCCAGGCCGCGGGGGGAGCGCACAGUAAGUCCGCUUUCAGCCUCCCCGCCGCCGCGCUCGGGCUCUCUGUGCCCCGAGGAACUUCAUGGGAACGGGGUACCAGCCUGGCAACGCGGAACAGCUCUGUUGGGGGAAAUGGGCAGGUAGAGCUCAGGUGGCUAGGGGUGCGCCGGGAUGAGCCGGCUGGUCUCUGUCUGACAUUUCUGAAUUUGAUGGGAUUUCUUAUUUGCAGCUAACCAUUUUUUUUUAAAUUAAAAUUUAAAAAUUAAAAAAAAAAAAAAAAAAGAAUGCUUAGUGGCAAAAUGCUGAUAUUAGUCCGCUCUUCUCCCAGGCUCUGUAUGUUAUCCAGAGUGGGCAGAACUAAAAAAAAAACACACAAAAAAUCCAACCAAAAACGAUCUUGGGAAGCUCUAUUUAGUGAACUAUUGAUAUCUAGACAAUUGCCCUGUGUUUAAAACAAUAACUCUCCAAGAUAUCGUAGGAAGGCAAGAGAGGAGGUGAAAAAUAGCUUAGAGAAGAGGAUUCCCCAUUAGUAUUUACUUUUAAAUAUACAACGCUUUUCAGGAGCAUUAGAGUAAGCACGUGUUUUUGUUUCCUUAUUGUGCUCUUUGCAUAUAUUUAUUAAAAUAUUUGAAGGAAAGUUCAAGUUAAAUCUAUCCUUCCAUAGUGCAAACAAAGAUGUAUGUCUCGUGGUUACUGAUAGGUUAAUUAGGUGAUCUUAAAAGGGAUCUAUCUUAGAGUAACCGGAUAUUCAUUCUAAUAGAACUGUAGUUCUUUCUGUGCUCUACAUGGAUAUGAUGUUGCAUGGCGUAUUGUGACAUUUUGUGGGUGACGGUUUAGCAAAGGUGAUCUGAAUAUUUCAUUUCUAAGUGACUGGAUUGCCACAGAACAAAAAAAAAAAAAAAAAAAAAAGAAAAAAAAAAAAAGAAAAGAAAAGCCUUUGUUAUUCUUCUUUUCCAUCUUUUCCAUCAGUGAAAGAGGGAGCUCUGACUUUUCACGUCUUUAGAAAUUAUCCGGUAUAAAAUUUAGACUAUGAAUAUUAAAAGUGAAAGAUCACACCCCGGGCACAGGGAAAGCGUGUGUUCAUAAAAAACUGCCUGAAUGUAACGUGGUCCUCAUUUGGAAGGGGCUUCCAUCCCACCGCUCCGCUGCUCGCAGGAUUUACCAUCAGUUCCUCUCUGCCUUCAUCUAUCAAACGUGGUUUGUAACCAUUCUCCAGAAAUAUCACCCGUAUGUGGAAUACAACAGUAACAAACGUUUUUAUUGCAACAGGUUCAGCAGCAUGGAAGGACAUCCACGGUAAGUAACCUCUUAUUUCUUGUAGAGUCUGAGUUGCUUGAAAAUCCUGUUUCUUCCAUUCAGACUGGAAAAAUUAAAAAUGAUGAUGCCUGAUGAAUAUUGCUACUCAACAUAAAUAAAUUAAUUAAUAAAAAAAAAAAAGAGAGAAAACGACCUCGUCAGCAUGUGAAGGUUCUUGUGGAGUUGGUUUGUGGUACCAUGUCAUAACUCUGGCUAGCACUAAAAGCAGAGGUGCAGUCUCCUGGGGGAUUAUUACAGGACUGUACAGGUGUCCUCCUGCUCUUAAGCUCUCCAAGGCAAUUAGCAGCGUUUCCAUUUCAACUAGGCGGGACUGUACAGCGCCUCCCCGUGCAGAACCCGAACGGAUCACGUUGUGUCCCAGCGCCUCAUAACCUUGGCUACUCCCACUGUUUUCUCCAGAUGGGAUCCCAAGCAGAGCUGUGCCUGCUUUCUAAUGUUCCCCUCGUUUGAUACAGCCUGGUGUCUGGGUGAAAGAAGUGAUGGGAGCUGGGAGCGGUCCGCGCUGGCCAGCCGGGACAGCCCAGCUGCAUCCGAGUCCUGCGGGCGGUAGAGCUGAUCCGCUGCUGCUAGUUCUCUCCGGGCAGGGAAGACUCUAAUGUGGAUUUAAAUGUUGUGAAGGCACGGGAAUGGGUAUCAGAGCUUAGGAAGGCAAUCUUUUAUUGUAGGGCUUUUCUCACCCCAGAUGGUCCUGCUUGAGCUGCUCUGAGGGGACCGAGAGGAGGGCAGCAGAUAAAUGUGCAUCAGGAAAUGCUGUUGAACCUUUCUGGCUGUAGUGAGGAGCUAAGAGCAUCAGUCCUGGUGUUCUAGGCUGAGACUGACUCGUCUCUCAAAGAGGGAAUAUUUGGAGAUGCAUUAGGUUCUACACUGCCCUCCCCGCUACUACCAAUCCCACUCUGAUCGAGAGCAUGUAGAGGAGAGGAACUGUGUUUGUUUGCAUUUCCCCGUUUCCUCUCCUUGCUUCCUGAUAAAUAACCUAUUUCAUUGCCUGUGCUAAGCUUCUCCUUGUCUUUUUGCCUUACGUGGCUCUAUUGAUUUUCGAGCCCUAUAAAUACGAACUAAAGAAUCGCCUUCAGCAUUGCAGUUUUAACUGUAUUCCAUAGGUAACUUUCCUCCCCUCAUAGCUCAGCCCUGCGUUACGUAGAUGUCCUUGGCAUUUUAUUCCGAGGCUGGCCCUAGACGUAUGGAUUACUUGUUUUCUGCUAACGUACAUUUAGCAAACUGACUAUGAACCAGAAUACAAAAACCCUGAUAGAUCAAAAGUAUUUUGUAUGGGCAGAAGAACAGGAGGUGAAUAUAUAACGCUUUUGUUCAUCAAUAACUCUUUGGCUUUGACCUGUCUGAGCAAGUCGUGCAAUAAGGUGAAACGCAGGUCACAGCGUCUAACAAAUAUGAAAAUGUGUAGUAUUAAGCAGAGCAGGGAGCUGCUGCUUCCCCAGACCCUUCGCUUCUCCCUGGGUAGCCCUCGGUGGGCUUGUCCGCUCCUGGGGGCUGCCCCAAACGCGAGCUCGCACUGGGGGGCGGGGGGUGUUACCCUGCCAGUUCAGCCGGGUGGUUAAUAACCCCCGCGGAGGCGGGGGGUACCCCCUCCCCUCAGAGAAAGGAGGAGAAAGCGGGGCGAGGCGCUUAAAAUAGUUGUGUGGAGAUUUAAAUAAGCCGGGGGGGGGAGGAUUAAGGACACAAAGUCGCUUCGAGUUGCACUUGCUGUGAAGAAGGCACCACAGCAGUGGUAAGAAAGCAGAUGUUUAAAAAUAGCAUCUCCCAGAUCAGGCAGUUGGGAGUUGGAACCAGGCGAACAAACUGGUACACACCGCUCGGAUAAGCGCAACACCCCCAAAUCCGCCCUCCGCAGUGGUUGGAUGUAUCACACCCGCACCAUUAUUUGUCCUUAUGGUGCCUGUUUUAAAUAGUGGAAGGAGAAGAGGUUGACCGCAGGACAGCAGUGAGGAGCUGGGUCAGACACAAUUCAUGAACUUUUGUACUCCUGUGUGCCGCUGUCGACAAAGUAAAAAUAAUGAAACUUUGUGAUAUGUUUGUAAAUGAUUUCGGCUGACCUCUCGCCCUGCCCUUCACCAUAAACGCUACGGCGGGGAAAACCUGGGAGGGUGCGAGGCUGCGGCUCGCGGGCAGCUCGCGGGGAUAAUAGCUAGACCAGCAUAAUGGGAUGAAGGUAAAUUUGGAAACUCUCUUCUUCCCGAGAGCAACUAACUCCAGCCUUUAAUCUCAUCUUUUUCACCAACCGCUGUUUCUGUUGUCGACUGUUUUACUUCUGUUUCGUUUUUGUUUUUGUUUUUGUUUUUGUUUUUGUUUUUGUUUUUUUUUAAUUCUUUUUUAUUUGGGGGGGGGAUUUCUGAUUAUGGAGAAUCUCUUCGGAUUCGUGUUAGUCUAAAUAGUUAAAGACUCCUUUCUAAAUUACUUUAACCAUUAUUAUUCUAAAUAGCACAAUUUGACCGAUCAGGUCAGUUUUCCGUAGCGAGGACGUAAACGGCAGAGAAUUUAAAGAGAACGGCAGGUCUUUCUGAGAAUUUGGUAGGCGAAAUUCGUCGUUAUGAUUUGGUGGAGACUCGUAUAGCUCUAUUGCAGCAAUUAUAACAAGAGUGAAUCUUUUCCGAAAUCCCACCUUCCUGCAAAUCCGUAUUUCAGAACUGAGUCCCAGCAGAAUAGUUUACAUUCCUCAGAAGACAGUAAGAAACUAAGAGAAUUGCAAAGACCUGCUAUAUUAUAGAUGAAAACAGAAUGUUAUUACGUUGUCUAUAUAUACCCUGUAGAACCGAAUUUGUGUGAUAUUCAUAUAGUCACAGAUUCGAUUCUAGGGGAAUAUAUGGUCGAUGCAAAAACUUCACCUUUCUGCAAAUGGUUAGAAGUUUAAAUACGGGUGGAAUCAAGAGGCAUGUGCGUGCUGAACACUCAAAAAUUAUAAAAGUUUUGCUGCCUCGCUCCUAAUUGCUAGGUUUUAGGACUUUUUUUAAACUUCAAUUGUCUUUCAGUCCUAACUUUCACCGAAAAUCUGUGAAUUUAAACAAUUAAUCUCACCAGAAGCUACAAAUUUUCGGGGGGAAGGGGGGAGGAGAAAGAAAUUAUUUACCAAUCAGUGAAUGACUCUUUUAAAAGAUACUCAUAAAUUAGCUAGAUAUGCCAGACGUUAGCAAAAUUUCUCUGUCAAGGGUCCAGAUCACACCAAAAUAUUUACGACAGCAGCAAAAGCAGCCUUCGUCUCACUGGAAUGUAUUUACUUGUGCUCCAGGCAUGAUAUUGAUGAAUGAAGACCGAAUUUAUCUCAUUAAACCCGUGAUAUUUUUAACCUAAUUAAAUGACGUCACCAGUUCAGUUGAUUGAACUUUAGUAGUUAAAAGUGAACUGUUUCUUGCCAUCUGUAUGAUUUUACAUAUAUACAUGUAUAGAUUUAUAUUUAUACAUUGGCGUUUGCGCCUGUGCGCGCAUACGUAUGCACACGUAUAUAUUGAGGCUUGAAAGUGAAUGAGAAGUUACUGAUUGCCUAAUUUUAUUCAGCAGAACUAAAUUCUGGUAACUUUUGGAUGACCUCUGCGAGACAAAGACAGGACAGAUCUAUUGUACAUCAUAUUACCCUCUUCUUUGACGGCUUUUCUUUUCCUCUACUGCUUACCAGUUUCCUCUCUUUUAACCCCGCUUCAGCUCAUCGCUCCGUAUAUUCCUUUGGAUGUUUUUUUUUUUUUUUUAAUUUUAUUUAAAGCAAGGUACCAAGCCCCGGCGGUGAUGCUGGCUGGUAAAUCAGGCGGCGGGUCUGCAUCCCCCGGGGCUGGGGGAAGCCGGCUCAGACAAAAGGCUGUGGGCAGGGCAGCGGCCACCGCCUCGGGGUACCCCUACACCUCCGGUACCUGGUUUGGGGGUGCGGCCCGCCGGAGAGGGGGGUCACCCAGUCAGAGGGAUGUUAUUGAGUGGAAUCGGGGAAAAUGCGGGGAAAUGCGGCGGUGGGCGCCCGGCUCCCCAUUGGCCGGGCCGGUCACAUGCCCGCCUAACUUUAUUCAGUUGACAGCAAGUAGGAGGGCUCUAUGGCAGGGGAAAAAAAGACAACACGAGAAAAAUUAGUAUUUUCUACCUUCAGAAAUUAAUGGCCAUGAGUUCGUAUAUGGUGAACUCUAAGUAUGUGGAUCCCAAAUUUCCUCCUUGCGAGGAAUAUUUGCAGAAUAGCUACCUAGGCGAGCAGGGGGCCGAGUACUACAGUGCCUCGCAAGGCUCUGAUUUCCAGCACCAGGGACUCUAUCCACGGUCAAACUACAGCGAGCAACCCUUUAGCUGUAGCAAUGCCCAAGGCUCUGCCGGGCAGCCGCGGGGUCACGGACAGGAGCAAUCCGGCCCGGCAAACCACUUCCCCGGCCCAGCAGAGCAUUGUCCACCGCCUCCAAUGUCCAACUCGCGAGCCUGCAGCCAGCAGCCGGCCCUCAAACCCCCAAACGGCUCCGCAGUUAAGCAGCCAGCAGUAGUUUAUCCCUGGAUGAAGAAAGUCCAUGUAAACUCGGUGAAUCCCAAUUACAACGGAGGGGAACCUAAACGCUCCCGCACAGCUUACACCAGACAGCAAGUCCUAGAACUGGAAAAAGAAUUUCAUUUUAACAGGUACCUGACCAGGCGCCGCCGUAUCGAGAUAGCCCACACUUUGUGUCUCUCUGAGCGCCAGAUCAAGAUCUGGUUUCAGAACAGAAGAAUGAAGUGGAAAAAAGAUCACAAACUGCCCAACACGAAGGGCAGGUCUUCUUCAUCUGGUUCAAACCCCCAUUUACAAACUGGUUCCAAGGACCAUCAGACUGACUUGACAACUUUGUAGAAGAGGUGAAAUUUUCCAUUUCAUCCUUCGCUUCUGACCAGUACUGUACAUAACUGACACUGCCCAAGCAGAACCUGCAUGUAGCAGCUAAGGACACGAGAAACUGUCAUCUUUCUUUAAGGUACUGUUGUACAAAGGAGACAAAAUGACGCUACUUUGGACUUUAUUUUAUUUGCCUCUUCUAGCACAACUUAAAAAAGGAAAACAAAAAAAGGGGAAAGAAAGAGAAAGGGGGAAGAAAAAAAACCAAACCAUCACGCAGGCAGUGGGAAUUGGGAAAAUAUUAAAUGAGACCUUCUGUCCUUAAAAAGUAAUAAAUCAUUGAAAUGAAACUGUCCUGUGUUUCAGUUUUGAAUUCGAAAGUGAAGAUUGGAUGCUUUAUUCUGGGAUUUAUACUUUUAAUUGUCUUUUUAUCCCAUGUAAUUUGGGCACGGAUGCAUUUUGGGCAAGUUGAGGACAGGAAAUUCAUAGUAUAGUCUUUUAUUUGAACAUAAAGACUAUUAAAUGUGAACUUUUUUUGUGCUGCUUUACCUUUCUUGGUGUGAUGAAAAUACUUGCUCAUUUCCAUAACGUCUCAGAAGGUGUGCAUAGGAAUUAAGUGAAAACGGGUUAUUUUAUGUUCUGAUAGUGUUAGCGUAUUUAUUUAUUUGUUACAUAGAAGAGUGAAGACAAAUAGUCAAACCAAAAACGGGGAAGAGGAGCUGAAAUUCUCCUUCCCAAUCUCAUCAACACAUAUGUAAUGUUUACUUGUCUUGAACGUACACAACUUUCUUGUCCUCCCUUUUUUUAUUUUUUUCCUCCUUUGUGAAUAGGAAAAGCGUCCCUGCUCCUUAUCGUGUGCCAUCCAGAGCUUACAGGCUUGAAAUCUGUUUCCAAAGUCUGCUGCUCAGCGCUGUGCUUUAAACCAUCAAUACCUCAUUUUAAAAAUGGAAAGGGAAAAAAAAAUGAAAAAAAGAGGGGAGACCACAAAAAACACCUCCCCCCCAAAAAAACCCAAACCCAAACCCCAACAAACUCGAAAUAAACAAUAGAACUACCACCGUCACCAAAAAAAAAAGUGAAAAGUUAAUGUGAUUUCUGAUAUAACCUGAGCCAUUCAAAGCUGAAAACUGAAUACAUUAUUUCAAGCAGAUUUCAAAUUUCUUUUCUGCUAAAGAGAGAUAGGCUAUGUUGGCUGCUGUCUUGCUUUGUUUUAGGUUUAUUUUGGUCUGUUGGAUUUUUGUGGUUUGGGUUUGUUUAGGUUUUUGGUGUUGUUUUUUGUUUGUUUUAAGAACAGUGAUUGUUUUUAAGCAAACCACGACACAUGACUGCAACGGUUAGAAAGCUCAGCAAGUUGCUUUCAUGGAAAGAGGAUAGGCUUGCAUGGGAAUAGAGCUCGUCUAAUACUCACUGAUUUGGCCCUGACUGCUGGUUGCCAAAGUUUUAGUGCGCUGUAACUACGAAAGCCAACCAAACCAGCUCCCUCAUCCACUUACACCUCCGCUCAGGCGAUUUUAAAGCUCAGCCCUUAUCUCCUGUACCCUCAGGGCAGCCUGGGAGAGAAACCAUAUAGUCGAAAUUGUAACGAGGUGGUCCCUUUAAUAAAGAGAAAAGGAGUAAAGAAUGAAACUCAUACCAAAACUGAAGGGAGGAGGAAAGAGCAGGGGCUGAGUUAACGUGCCCUUCUCCAGGCUGGGUGCUUCCCAUCGAGGACUCAAGGCUUUUGGGCUCGCUCGGGAAAACAGCGGCCAAAAUGGAUUAAAUGAAUUCGAAAAUAAAAAGCGAACUUUUCAACAAGGGUGUAUUCAGCAGUGUUAACUGUGGCCAGCAGUUAAUUUCUGCCUUUUUCUCGUUCCUAGAAGUCCGCAAAGUGUCUUUAAGACUUGCCCUUUUGUUUUAGAGCCUGGAGAAAACUCUUUGUUCUUCCUUAGGGUUAGCCCAGUUCUCAGACUUGCACAUGGCAAUACUUGAAUAUCUCCACGUCGUGAUAUUAAAGAUGGAUAUUCCCGCAUUAUUCGCAUCAUUGUUUCUAUGACAAAAAGCACCGAGUUCAUACAUAGUAAAGACGUCUUUUUUUCUGGCGCCUUCACGUUGAGAAGCUGAAAAGGUAUUUUACUGAAGUUCGGCUAAAUUGCAGGAACAGGUUCACCCAGAGGACAAAUUUUCUAUUCGAUUAGUUGUAUUUCAGCCGGGAAGAGUGACCUCUAAACCCUUAACCUUUUGGACCCAAAAUACCCUUCCCUUUCUCUGGUAUGGAGAGCAGCUAGCAGCAGGGCUUGAGGAGGGAAUUCCUGAGACAAGUUUUCAAGUUUUGUUACACCAGGUUCCUACGGUAGUGGCCUUUCCUCUCCAGAGCUGUUCAAAGCCAUCCUUUCACUCUUCAGACGAAUCUACGAAAAUAAAGGGGAGGAAAAAAAGGGUGUGGAGAAGUAAAACCUCUCUAGCUGCUCUUCUUGAAAAUCCCCCUCCCGGACCCCCGCUGUUUACUUAAAGUCUGUGAUAAGUUGACUGGGAGCAGGGAAAAUGUGUUCUGAGAGAGAGACACCUACUUUGGCAUCUGUGGUACAGUUCUGGAAAAUAAUGGCCUUGGAUAAGCAAAUCCUUGCUUUGUGCUUCUAAUCGACCGAGAUGGCUCCCGAAGUUAAAGGACCAACUUCUGCUCCCAGAUUACCUUCCCCCGCCCACUGAAGUCAAACAGGGAUGUAGCUGCGAGCAGAAUUUGUCUCAUUGUCUUUUGAAAUGUUAAUAACUCCGGGACGAGUGUUGGGUUCAGCAGGCACAGCUCUUACGACCCUGUUUGCAAGCACCCUUUGAGUGAGGCCGGGGCACUAUAGGUUUACAUAGGUGUAAUUGCGCUGUAAGAUCGGAGAAUACUUGAAGUGGAGGCAGAAAGUACCAAAAAGAAGUAGUUUUCAGCUGCCAAUGCUCUGAAGGGUCAGGAAUGUCUGUAAUAGCGACCAGGAGCACCCACUGGUUCUUAUCUCCGGUGCAAAACGAACCUGAGGUUUAUUUUUUAAUGGUUUAAACCCUUCUCCAGAGAUAUUUUGUGUAUGAAGCGAAGCCGGUUAUUUUGGUUAUUUGGUUAUUUGGUUAUUAUGGGUGAACGUUGUGCAUUGGAGCCUUUGUUAAACGGUCGCAUUGUUCAGCAAAUAUUCUCAUCUCUGUUAAAGUGUGAUGCUUUUUAUAGACUUUGCUGAUGUUUUGCUGCCAUUGAUUAAAGCGUUAUUUAUACUAA